AAUGAUUUCUGGUGGUUGUUAUUUAUUAUAAUUGGGGAAGAACUCAAUUUGAAUCUAUAUGAACCAAUGAAAAUUAAUUGCUUGAUUUUCAGUUCAUCUCUCAAGCAACCAUUUUACUGGAUUUAAUUGUAGAUUUAACUAUCAACGCAUGACAUGCCAAGCUAAACAGACGAGAACUUUUUACCUCCAACGCCAUUUUGCAAAGAGUUCAUUAACCAAUCUCUGAUCUUCAAAUCUUAUCUUGAAGAUGGAGGACACAAAAUGGGAGCAGAGACUACAAGCCCUAACCCACAUCCUAAUCAGCCCCACUACAACACCUCCUCUCUACUCUCAAUUCUUCAUCUCCACACAAAUCCCUUGCUAUCUCAACUGGGACUACCCACCAAUUCUCUGCACCAAAGACCACAGGAUCUUUCCUUCUCUCCAUCUGAGGUGGGCUUUCUCUCUAUUCCUCAAAAGGGUAUCCAGAUUAGGGCUCCCUGAGACUUCUUGGAGGUCCAAGUGCCCUUAUCAGCAGCCCCCACCUCUGAUUCCAGCAAAGGGAGUAGAGGAAGCACAGUGGGGUGAUGAGCAAAAAAGAGAGUAUAUUAGGAAGAGGUUGAGAAGGAAAAGACUUGGCAAUAAUAUUCACCCUUCUAUUCCUAUUUUAGUUCCUAAUCUCUUCCUGUUUUCACUCAUGUUCUGGAACCCAUUUCCUCAUCUUGAUUCUUGAGAAAUAUUAUGGGUUUGUAACAUGUGCUUGUAAUAAUUUUGCAUUAUGGUUAUUGUGGUUUGGUUA